AUGGAAUCAAGAAAUUACACACAAAUUGCAAGAUUUGUUCUUCUGGGAUUUUCAGAUGACCCAGACCUACAGCCUUUGCUGUUUGGAAUUUUCCUGUCCAUGUACCUGGCCACUGUGCUAGGGAACAUGCUCAUCAUAUUGGCCACAGUGUCAGACUCCCGCCUGCACACACCCAUGUACUUCUUCCUCUCCAAUCUGUCCUUUGUGGACAUCAGUUUCACCUCCACCACAGUACCAAACAUGCUCAUGAACAUUCAGACACAGAGCAAAGUCAUGACAUAUGAAGGCUGCAUCACUCAAGUGUAUUUUUUUGUACUACUUGUAAUGUUGGACAUCUUUCUGUUGACUGUGAUGUCCUAUGACCGCUAUGUGGCCAUCUGCCACCCACUGCAUUACAGAGUCAUCAUGAACCCCCAGCUCUGUGUGUUGCUGGUUCUAGCAUGCUGGAUCCUGAGUGUCCUAAAUGCCCUGUUACACAGCUUAAUGGUGUUGCGGCUGACCUUUUGCACUGGUUUGGAAAUCCCACAUUUCUUCUGUGAACUAAAUCAAAUAGUCCACUCUGCCUGUUCUGACACCUUUCAUAAUGAUGUGGUGACAUAUGUUAGCACUGUGCUGCUGGGUGGUGGUCCACUUGCUGGCAUCCUUCACUCUUACUUUAAGAUAGUUUCCUCCAUACAUGCAAUCUCAUCAGCUCAGGGGAGGUAUAAAGCAUUUUCCACCUGUGCAUCUCACCUUUCAGUGGUUUCUUUAUUCUAUGGCACAAGCCUAGGUGUGUACCUUAGUUCUGCUGUUGCCCAAAACUCAUACUCAACUGCAACAGCCUCAGUGAUGUACAGUGUGGUCACACCCAUGCUAAACCCCUUCAUCUACAGUCUAAGGAAUAAAGACAUCAAGAAUGGUCUGAAAAUAUUAUUUAAGAGUGCAACAAGGAGGCAGAGUGUUGACACUCCCACCUGCCAAAUCAAUGCACUGUGUGCAGUGUCAGGCACAUUCAGAUCAACUUCACUUCUAAAGCAUAAGCCUGCAAGAAGCAGUGAAAUGAAUGAAUCUCCAGACAAUUUGAAACCAGUAUUUAAGGUGUUUGAGCAAUUCAAAGAAGGGAAAAAUAAGCAAAUCAGUGAAACAUUUACUCAGAUGUUCAUUAAAAGUAAACAGCUACAUAAUCCUUUCAAUAAUAAGAUCAAUUAG